AGAAGUAGAGGCCCACGAGGGUGAUUUAGGAGUCGGGGGCUUGUACACUUAGACAUGUUCAUUUAUAUAAACUAAUUAGCCAGUUCUUUGUGUCAUUUAAGAACAGAACUGUACAUUUAACAGUAUACCCACUGCGGGGAGAAAAUGGCGGAUUUUUCCUCGUUGGGUUUAUCGGAAUGGCUGAUUCAACAAUGUAAACAAAUGGGCAUCAGCAAACCAACUCCAGUCCAGGAAAAUUGCAUACCAGAAAUUUUAGAUGGUCGCGAUUGUAUGGGCUGUGCCAAAACUGGCAGCGGAAAGACAGCAGCAUUUGUCCUCCCGGUGGUUCAGAAGUUGUCUGAAGAUCCCUAUGGCAUCUUCUGUCUCGUGCUCACACCCACCAGGGAGUUGGCAUAUCAGAUUGCAGAGCAGUUCAGAGCUCUGGGCAAACCUUUAGGCUUACGAGACGCCAUCAUCGUCGGAGGAAUGGACAUGGUGGCCCAGGGCUUGGCUUUGUCAAAGAAGCCACACGUUGUCGUCGCUACUCCAGGACGACUCGCAGAUCACAUUAGAAGCUCCAAUACCUUCAGCAUGAGGAAGAUUAAAUUUUUGAUCAUGGACGAGGCUGACCGUCUCCUGGAGCAGGGCUGCACGGACUUCACCAAGGACCUGGAGGUGAUCCUGGGCGCGGUGCCCGCCAAACGCCAGACGCUGCUCUUCAGCGCCACCCUCACGGACACGCUGGAGGAGCUCAAGAGCAUCGCCAUGAACAAGCCGUUCUUCUGGGAGAGCAAAUCAGAGGUGCGGACGGUGGAGGAGCUGGAGCAGAGGUACAUCCUGACACCGGAGAAGGUGAAGGACGCCUACCUGGUGCACCUCGUCCAGAAGUUCCAAGACGAACAUGAUGAAUGGUCCAUCAUGAUUUUUACCAACACCUGCAAAAAUUGCCAGUUACUCACAAUGAUGCUCCGCGAGUUUAAAUUCCCCACCAUCUCAUUGCACUCGAUGAUGAAGCAGAGAGAACGAUUUGCAAACCUUGCAAAGUUCAAGUCCAACGUCUUCAAAAUCCUCAUUGCUACUGAUGUGGCGGCCAGGGGUUUGGAUAUUCCAACUGUCCAGGUGGUCAUCAACCACAACACGCCAGGGCUGCCUAAGACCUACAUCCACCGAGUGGGCAGAACCGCCCGGGCAGGACGCAAUGGCAAGGCAAUCACCCUGGUGACGCAGUACGACAUUCAUCUGGUAAACGCCAUCGAAGAACAGAUCAAGACCAAGCUGAAGGCCCAUGCCGUGGAAGAGAAGGAGGUUCUGAAGAUUCUAACUCAAGUCAACGUGACCAAGCGCAAGUGUGAAAUCAAACUGGAGUCAUCGGACUUCGAUGAGAAAAAGGAGAUUAAUAAACGCAAGCAGAUGAUCCUGGAGGGCAAGAACCCAGAGGUGGAGAUGAAGCGGCAAGCUGAACUCAUGAAGAUCAAGAAACAGAAGAAGAAAUUCAAGGACAAAAUUCAGAAAACAAUUGAGAAGAAGCAGCAAGGCAAAUCGACUCAGAAGAAAGCACAGAGCGGUAAAACGAAAAAAGAGGCAACAUAACCACAGAUGACAAGCAGCUCUUAACAUGUGUUUUGUACUGGCUCCCCCUCCCGCCCCCCCAAGAUUGAUUCAGAAAUGUGACUUACACGUUUGAGUGGAUAUGAGCGCUAAAGCUUUAUUGGGAAAAAUCAAAUAAAAUCAACCACACAGGAAUGUGAUUACAAUGUCAGCGGGUGAAAACAGCCUUCAAAGCCAACAUGAAAACAUCGCACAUGAGGUGUACAGCACCCUCUGUCCCUAUGGGCCCACGGGCUGCAGGGAUUGGCCAACUAAACUACUGUCGUCUCCUGGGAGACCAGAGCAGUGGACGUGGACAGCUAGCAGAGAAGAUCAGGAAGAGGGAUUUCAGUUUCUGGGAAGAUCGGACAGAAAUAAUAAAAUAUCAAAUGUUUGCAAUCUUGG